AUGCAGCCGGUGGAUGUUGCUCGCUCAUUGAGCGCGCAAUGGCCCUGUCGUGGUGUACAGGCCAAACAGCUUGCCAGCUUGCUGCAUCCGAGCACCCCUAGUACUCCAACACUUGUUGUGCAUGGCGUGUCUGCCACCUGCAAAACGACAAUCAUCCGAGGUGUGCUCCAGGCACUGGGAGUGCCGCACACCUUUGUCCGCAGCUCCGAGUGUAUUACGGCGCGACAUCUACUCACCAAGAUCCUUUGGAACACGCUCGACGCGCUCAACCAAAGAGACAAAUGGGAGAAGUACGGCAAAGGUCGUUGUGAGCAUGUCAGCACGCUGGCUGUUUUUCUUGAGGAAUGUUUCGCAGCACGGACUGAAGCGCAGACCGGGAAAUUCGUCCUGGUGCUGGAUGAGAUCGAUCGUCAGCGAGAGGCGCCACAGACGCUUCUGUCUGCGCUGGCGCGCCUAGGUGAUAUUGUACGCUGGUCUUGCUUCCCUCCCAAUGCGAUCUUGAAAAAAAGUGAUCAAGUGCUUAUCAGAAUUGAACGAUUGGCUUCUCCACAGAUCCCCUCGCUUUCAGUUGUCCUCGUUCUGAGCUCUUCACCCCGGCCACUGUUCUUGCAGAACGUGGCUGUCCCUCAUAUAUCGUUUCCGCCGUACACUCGGAAAGAGGCAAUCGAGAUUCUGCUGUCGUUUCCAAUGCCAGUCAUUGACGAUCUGCCUGAUGACAUUUCAACACGGGUAUACCCCCAUUUCGUGGCCACGGUCUACGAUACACUUGUCGGUCCCACUGCAGGAUCGAUCCCUAACUUUCGCUCCAUCUGUCAUCGACUAUGGUCGCAGUUUGUGGCCCCCGUGGUCCGAGGCGAAGCUCCUCCGGGUGGAAAUACAGAAUGGGACUUUACCAGAUUGUUGGUCAAAAACAGGGCUUUAUUCCGGCACCAGGGCGAGGCUGCAUUAGUGCAUCGAAUUGUCACGGAAGACACCUCGACCUCGAGUAUGACUAUGCAAAAGCCAUUAACAGCCUCAGCGGCGCCGUCUGCUCUUCCUCAUCUGCCGUAUUUUUCAACGCUGAUACUUACAUCGGCAUAUCUGGCAUCUCAUACUCCCCAGCGCCUCGAUACGAUCUUUUUCUCAAAAUUCUCAUCAAGUUCUCUUUCUGCCCGCAACAAGCGUGCCCAUCAUCGUCGAAGACUCAAAGUACUGUCUCAAGCCCAGGCAGAGGACCGAGCGGCUGCAAACGACGACCCAUCCACGCCACGGAAGGGCAAGCGGACCAAAACUCGAAUCACCAAAUCCACGCUUUCCUCGGCCUUUGCUACAUCCUCGGCGACAACGUCGGCAGUAGGCGGUGGUGCCGGUAUCACCGGCCCAUCAACCAUUCUGUCGGCGCGUCCGUUCCCCCUCGAACGCCUCGUGGCGAUCUACCACGCCGUGGACCCCAACCCACCCGAGAACCCAAUCAACACUCCCGCCGUGGCAGAUCAAAUUUACGCCGAGUUGGCGACUCUGCGCCGCUUGCGCCUUGUGGUUCCCGCCUCGGGACAUGUUGGCUUUGCCAGCACUGGGCCCGGGAAUACCAGUGCAGAUGCCGGAGAGAAGUGGUGUGUGAAUGUUUCUGGGGAUUGGAUCGGGGAAUUGGCCAAGGGGAUCGGGGUUGAAGUGGGCGAGUGGCUUGCUGGUGGUUUGGACUGA